UGGUGGAAAACAGUGUUGUUUACGCCUGCUGGAAAAAUGAGAUGCAUGUUUUUGCCACCAUUGCUCAGGCUGUCCAUGUUGUGCUGCUGAAGAGGUACUUGCCAAACCAGAGAGAUGCACAAUUUAAAGGGAAGUACUACAUCUUCCCAGACCAGCAAGGUGACUCUUCCUCCAAAGAUGAAGCAAUUUCUGGGAUUUCUGCUUCAAAACUGCCAAAGAAAAGUGGUAGUUUUCAGGCUGGCUGGGUUGAAAACGUUAGAGAUGCAUUGGGCUUUGCAACCACACGUGGCAGCACCACCGUGCUAAGCAGCAAGGCAGUGCAGGGAAGAGGGAUCACUCUGGACACCACAGCUGUGGGAAGUCCUACAGAGCUUAUCCUACGUGAACGUGCAAAGACACAGGCUCUGGAAACAAAAGCUUCUUGUGGGCUGGGGUCUGAGAUGCUGGGAGCUCAGGAAGCUCAAGGCAUAGGAACAGCUGAGGGAAUAAUCCCCACUGCAGCACAGGAUAUCUGGGGAAAGAAUCCCUCCGUGAGUGAGGACAGUGUGGUGAGUUUUGGUCCUGCACACAGUGUGCUUUUGGAAACUCCUUUGCUUGGUACCUUCCAGGGAGCUGAACCUUUCUUGCAGCCCGCAGAUGUGAGUCUGAAGAGCAGCCAGCCUGUCCUGAGCCCCACCCUGAGGCCAAAAGGUCUGGGCCACCUGCAGUUUACCAUUAAACCAACAGGCACAGGUUACCUGGACUUGGCUGCACACUCUGAGCCUCUGCCACCUGGCACAGGACAAAGCCAGGAGGGCACAGGUUCCACCAGGGACAGCCAGCUCAGCACAGCCAGCCUGGAGAAGGAUGAAAGCCAUGCCCUGCUGAGUGCCCCAGCUGAUGGCCUUGCCAAGAGCCUGAUGCCCAGCCUGAGAAGCCCCUCUGACCUGGUCACCAGGGACCGCCUGCAGCUGCUGCCUGAGAGAAGCCAAAGCAGUUUGGGGUGUUUGUCCAUGCCUAAACCUGACCUAGCCACAACUGGCCUCCAACAUAUGAAGCUCAUGGAUAUUUUCCCACUGGGAAGUUCUAGGGGAGCUGUCAGGAGGAGACCAGUGCUGCAUCCCACGGUACCAGGGCUGGCUGUACCUGCUUUGGCCACAGGGCUGGAGCAUCUUCUCACACCUGUGCCUGCCCUGGGGACAGAAACCAUCCCUGUGCUGGUGACCUCUUCCACAGCACCUGUCCCUACAGACUCUGGCUCUCUAUAUUUAAUCCCUGAAGCACCUCUUCUUCCGCAAGUGGAAUCUGUCUCCACGGUGGCCUCUCUACCAGCUGCUCUGGAUCAGGACCCUGUCAGUCUCAGGCAAAGGGACAUCUACCCAGCUAGCCCAGGAGGACAGGAGAUGGUCUCCGCUUCACCAUCUUGCCAUCCAUCAGUAGCCUCUGAACUGGUCACAGAUGGGUCCUCCAGAUGCCUUAGCCCUGGGAUGAAAAAGUUGGUGCUGGGACAGGAAGGUGGACAGGGAGGUGAAACCACAACCUCUGUGGGCUUGAUGGCCAGGAGUCCCUCCCCUGUCUUUGUCACUGUCCCAGGGCCUGCUGUGAGGCUUACCCAGCCUGAGGCCCAUGUCAGCAGCGGCUCUGGGGUGCCACCAGCUUCCCUGUCUGACACCAGAGAGGAGCAGGAGGUGCCUGUGCAGCAUCAGGACAGUGCACCUCGUGACAAACCAGCUUCUGUCUACAACUUCAGGGGAUUUAAAACGCAGGGAACCACAGAAGCUCUGCAAGUGGGUGCAGGACAGAGGACAACUGCCUCCUUCAGCAUCACUCCUGCACAUCCUGCAGCUAUGUGGGGAGAAACACUGCCAAGAGACCAAAAGACUUGGGAGCCCUCUGGUGGAUCCAGGAACACCCAGAUGUCAGAAGGACAACAAGGGAAACAUGCUGAGCUGGGCCCUCCCUGGGUAACUGAGUACUUUCCCAUCAGGAGCUGCCACCUCAUCUUCCGGGAUGGGUCUGGCGUGUUUUACCUCCCGCUGCAUGCUGACAUUGAACACAACAUCUGGUGCAACUGGACCAUCUGGGCAGGUCCCCAGAAGCACAUUGUCAUCUAUGUCCAGGGGUUCCAGGGGAGCGAUGGCUGUGCCAAUAACCAGGACAAGAUCAUUUUCCAGGGGGUCUCGUCAAGUGUGGAAACCAAAGUGGUGUUUGCUUGCCACAACAGAGGCACCCUGAUCUUUGCUGCACAAGCCACUGAGGUCCAGGUGCUGUUUCUGUCAGGGAGUGGUUUCAGAAGCCAUGAAUACAGGUAUUUUAAAGGACAGUAUUACGUAUUCAGAGACUUUGAGACUGUGGGCUCUUCAAGUGACACCACAGCAGCUCCCCAGGAGACCUCUAAAAAAGACAGCUGGAGGACAGCAGUGACCAAAGGUUUGUUGUCUGUGCUGACAGCUCUUCCAGGCCCACCAGCUGCACCUGCUGAUGGUAGGAUCCAGCCUGAUAUUGUGAGCCCAGAAUAUUCUCCUGAUCUCAUGGAAAAUGGUCGAUCUGGUGCUAACCUGAGUAAGCAUGGUCAGGAUGAAGCCAGGCUGGAAAGGAACCUUAAGGACAACGGCAGCAAGGGCAGAGAAACUGAAGAUGACAUAUUGGUGGAGCCAGCUCCAGCUGGGCAAGACAGAGGGGGUAAAGCUGAGCCACCUGCCUUGGAGUUGAUCAAGGGGGGCACAGAGCCAGGGACUGCUCUGGUCACUAUGGUCCCAUGUCAGCCAGCUGAUUCCCCUUGCUCGGAGAUGCCCAGCAGCAGUGUAGCUGUCUCUGGCACAUCUCCUACCCUGGGUCAGGGCAGUGACAGCCCCCCAGAAGUGACAGCUGCUGCACAUCACACACAGACACCAGUGAUGGCAGAACCACCACUAAACACCAAUACAAAACCACCUCUCUACUCUUCUCCUGGUAUGACUGCUGCUGAUGUGGUGUCUCUGGGAGGAACAACUGAAGACCUCUUUGAUCUGAUGUCAUCUGUGGAGAAUGACACAGGACUGCAAUCCCAGCACCAUCCUGGAGAUGUGCUGUUUGAAGUCACUGUUGAAAUCAAACCCAAGGACUGGAUUCCUUAUGGUGGAAGUGAAUUCCAAAAGGGUCUCCUUGAAUCUCUCAAGAAUCAUAUCCAGAAGAACAUGAAGCUUUUUGCCAAUAGAGUCAGUGAAAUAAAGUUAAAGGACGUCAAAAGGAUGAGUGAUGCCAACCUGCUGCUCACCUUCUGGCUGCACCUGGAGCCUGAGGAGAGGAACGUGUCCCUGCUCCUGCGCUCCCAGCUGGAGGAGCUGCUUGACACCUCGGUGGGCGUGGAGAAGCUGCAGCUUGUUUCACUGUUUGUUGAAGACGUGGACGAGUGCCAGGCUGGGGUUGGCCUCUGUGGGCAGGAGGCAGAGUGCUUCAAUGGUGUGGGCACCUACCUGUGCCGCUGCAAGAAGGGCUAUGAGGAUCAUUCUCCCACUAAGUCCGGCACGCUCUGCAUCCGCACUCCCCGACCAGGGAUCAGCACCUUCCUCCGGCACGCAGACAUGCUGGCGGGGGCAGCGCUCGUGGUCGGCCUGGUGCUGCUGGUGGCCUUUGGUGCCCUGAGCGUCAUGGCCGUGUGGGGCCGGGCCGCCGGGAGCAGCCCAGGGCCUGAGGGGCCGGCGGUGAGGGCCGUGGAGGAGCCGGCCAUGGAGCUGCAUGCCCUGGGGGAGUGCCUGCGCUUCGACCCCUUCCAGCUGAAGCUGCGGGCCCGGCCCCCCGAGUGGCUCUGGAGUGUCCGUGUCCACCCUGGCCAGGCUGGAGCGGCCAUCCCGGAGCGGCCUCCCCCACUCUGAGGGGGCCUCCGUCACCUGUGCGGGUGCUCCCGCAUCUCCCAGGGGUUCUGACACAACCACUGCUGUGCCAACCUUUCCACUGUGUUUUAUGGAUCGUGAGUAUCCCACACCAGUGUUCCUCGUGUUGUAAUUUAUUUUUUUUAAUGCUUGCUCAGCUUGGGAACAAAAUGCUUGCUCCAUGCUGCUGUACGUCUGCUGAUUUACUGUGCUUGAGAUCUGCACAGGAAAAUUGAUUUUUGUUAUAAGAAAAAAGGAAAAUAGGAUG